AUGGAUCUCGAGAGAAUUAUAGCAAAUGGACCUGCCAAUAUCCCUGAGAGUCCAUCCGGUGAAGGCCAGGCUGUUGAGAACAUCGAUGAGCUUGUCGCCUCCGAUGGGGAUCUUGUGAGGACAGACGACGUUGAUCUAACGACGGCCCGGCAGCUGGGAGAGUUGCAGAUCAAACCUGAGCGAGGCGUUUGGAGGACCGAUGGCAGUCUCCUGGUCAAUCUUUUAGAGGCGUCCGAGGUUGAGCGGGUAACCAAGAAGUACAUGAGAAAGAGGUUUAGACCGUUUGAUACCCCAUUCAAUCCCUUGGUCCCACGAACAUGUUUCCAAGCAGUGACUGCCGAUGGGACGAAUACGGUAAUUUUGAUUUCAGAGGAUGAUAUUGGUAUUAACAACCAACUCGUUGCGUUUGAGCCAAUGUCUGAUGUGGGGCCUUCUACAGGCAGAGCGAAAGGGGGUCGUCGUCAACAGGCUAUGGCCUACGAAGUUCAACCACCUUCCUAG